AAUAAACUCAUUUGAUUGAAUAUCAUUGAAAUUUCGAGCUUUUUCACGGGACCUCUGUAUUUUACAAGAUGAUUGAAGUGAACUGAGGAAUCCUCAUCAUCCUUAUCCCAGGAUGUCCUGAACUGAGAUAUUGCAUGCAAUGACCACCCUUUUCCCCGUCAAUACAUUGCUUCCUUGUACUAUUUCAAAGCCUCAACUUCCAUUCCCAUCAUUAAGAACACAACAGCCUAGUAAAAACUUCACCUGCUCUUGUUUUACACCAGCAACACAUCACCAUAGUACUCUUCAAACCCCAAAACCAAUAGCAGCCCAUUCCUCUACCUUCUCAACCGGAGACUGGCCUGAGCUCCUCAAAUUAUUCAUCGGGUCUCGACAUUUCUUGCUGGCUCAAGCAGUCCACGCUUACUUAACCAAAUUAGGCUGUCAACAUGGUACCUUUGAAGGAAAUAAUCUUAUUAAUUUGUAUCUGAAAUUUGAUAGAUUACAUUUAGCACAGAAGGUGUUUGAUGAAAUGCCUGUUAGAAACCAAGUUACUUGGACUUCACUCAUUAAAGGGUAUUUAGAGGAUAAUGAUUUUCAAUCUGUAUAUCGUAUGGUGGAUGAUAUGCAUAAUUCUGGAGAAAUGUUCAAUGAGCAUACUUGCACUGUCAUAUUACAAGCAUGUAGCUCCACGGAAGAUCUAAUACUUGGAGAACAGGUUCAUGGGUUUGUUAUAAAAUCUGGAUUCGAUGACAAUGUGUUUGUUUCUACUUCCUUGAUUUCUAUGUAUACCAAAUGCGGAUCCUUUGACGGCGCAGAGAAAGUGUUUGAUAACGCGGCUUUUAAAGAUGUGAGGUGCUUAAAUUUCAUGAUUUUGGAAUAUGGGAGGGCUGGAAAUGGGCAGAAAGCUAUCGAGGUUUUUAUAACUCUGCUAAAUGAUGGAUUUGAGCCAACUGAUUAUACAUUCACUAAUGUGAUUAGUGCAUGCAGUGGAAACUUAGGUGUAGAGGAAAGUAAACAAUUACAUGGGCUUGCUUUUAAGUAUGGUGUCCUGACAGAACCUUCAGUUGGAAAUGCAAUCAUUAAUAUGUAUGUGAACAAUGGAAUGACCAAGGAGGCUGAGAGAAUGUUUUCUUCAAUGAGCGAGAGAAAUUUGAUUUCUUGGACUGCGCUUAUAUCAGGCUACACAAGGAGUGGUGAUGGCGGAAAAGCUGUUGAUGCAUUCUUGGAAUUGCAUGAUAAACUUGGUGUCGACGUUGACUCUACUUUUUUAACUGUCGUUCUUGAUGGCUGCUCAGAGUCUAAAAACUUGGAAAUGGGCGUUCAAAUCCAUGGGUUUUUGAUUAAGCUGGGCUAUACAUGUGAUGUUAAUAUUGCAACUGCUUUGAUAGAUAUUUAUGCAACCUGUGGGAAUCUGCAGUCUGCAAAAAUAGUUUUUAAUGGUCUUACAAGUAACUGUAUUGCGUCUUUCAAUGCCAUUCUAGCGGGAUUCAUGGAAAGCAAUGACGAUGGAGAAGAUCCUUUGUUUUUGUUUAAUCAGAUGAGAUUAGCUGGUAUCAAACCAGACUCAGUGACCUUUUCACGAUUCCUUAGUUUAUCAGCUAAUCAAGCUUCAUUUGAAAGAGGGAGAAGUUUUCACGGUUAUGCUAUUAAGACAGGACUCGAAGCUGAUAUCUCCCUAGCAAAUGCAGUGAUUACGAUGUAUGCCAAGUGUGGCUGCAUUGAAGAUUCCUAUCAAAUGUUUGGCGUUAUGAAUGACCAUGAUUCCGUAUCUUGGAACGCCAUGAUAUCUGCUUACGCCUUUCAUGGUCAAGGCCAAAAGGCACUGCUGCUAUUUGACGAAAUGAAGAAAAAGGGAUUUGAUCCUGAUGGGUUCACCAUGUUAGCCGUUAUGCAAGCAUGCGCGUAUUGUGGUCUAUGGAAAGAUGGAAUAUCCAUAUUCAAAGGAAUGGAACCAAAAUAUGGAAUUAAACCACAGCUAGAGCACUAUGCUUGUGCAGUUGAUCUUUUCGGUCGGGCUGACCAGUUUUCAGAAGCAAUGGAUGUAAUAAAUGAAAGCCCUUUUCCAAACUCAACCCUGCUUUGGAGAACUUUGGUCAAUGUGUGCAAGUUACGUGGCGAUUUGAAAUUCGGCAAGUUAGCUUCUACGCGUUUGCUUGAUUUGUCACCUGAUGAGGCUGGAUCGUACAUACUUGUUUCGAAUAUGUAUGGCAGUGGAAAAAUGUUAGAUGAGGCAGCGAAGGUUCGAACUAUUAUGAAUGACUUGAAGAUAAGUAAAGAAGCAGGAAGUAGCUGGAUUGAGAUAGAUAAUAAGUUUCAUAAUUUUGUGGCAAAUGGAAAAGAUCAUUCCGAAAGUAGCAAAAUUUAUACAUUAUUGAAUUUCUUAACAAGCGAGAUGAAACGAUCAGGCCUUCAUUUUAUAGCCAAAUCAAAUUGAGAUUUAAGUUAUCUGGAAAUAUGAUUAGGCCUUUAUUUUAUAGCUAAGAUUAAUUUGAAAUUAAACUUUUGUAACUAAUUCAACUGUAGCAUCGUUUUAGUAAGCAAUAGAAUACAUUUAUAAUUUUA